GGGCUAACGGCGGAAAUAUCAGGGGCGCACACUGGUAAAACCCCACUUCCGCCGACAGGAAUGGUGACGCGCUACCAAGGGGCGUGGAUUCUUCCAUCGGAUCUCUCUUUCUGAUUGUUUGUUAUUCUGUGGUCGAGCUAAGUUCAUAGCUUGUUUCAGAUUAUUGGGUGAAAUGAACUUCCUUCAAGGCCUAAAAGAUUUCGACAAGGACAACAUCAAACCCGAAAUAAUGUCCAAGAUCCGUAAGGAGUACGUGGUUCAUAAGGAUUUCAAGCCGCACAUUGUUGCCAAGGCUAGCAGUGCAGCUGAGGGACUCUGCAAAUGGAUUAUAGCAAUGGACAUGUACGAUAAAGUCUAUAAGAUUGUGGCGCCCAAAAAGGCGAAGCUAGAAAAAGCGGAAAAAGAGUUUGCUGAAACUAUGACGCUGUUGACGGCUAAACGUACUGAGGUUCAAAGGCUGGAGAAACAAUUGUCCGAGUUAAACUCCAAACUAGAUGAGGCAGUUAAAAAACAGAAGGAGUUACAGGACAGCGUGGAUUUGUGCAACAACAAAUUGAUAAGAGCCAAGAAACUUAUCGGAGGAUUAGGUGGUGAAAGAACUCGUUGGACUGCUUGUGCCGAGAAUUUACAAAAACAAUACGACGGUCUUGCCGGUGAUAUUCUAAUAUCUUGCGGUAUUAUUUCCUAUUUGUCCGCAUUCAACAGCAUUUAUCGUAGCAGGAUUGUGCUGGAUUGGCACGAAUUCGUGAAAAAAUUGAACAUACCGACCGCGGAACAAUUCGAAAUGGUCGACAUUUUAGGAUCGGACGUCAGGAUUCAGCAGUGGUAUAUCAGCGGAUUGCCUAGGGACAGUUUUUCCACAGAGAAUGGUAUUAUCAUGGACAACUCGAGGAGAUGGUCUUUGUUCAUCGAUCCACAGGCUCAAGCGAGCAACUGGAUCAAGAAAAUGGAAAAAAUCAACAACCUGGAAAUCGUUAAAUUUACCUUUUCCGAUUACAUGAAGAAAAUCGAAAUGUGCGUUCAACUUGGAUAUCCAGUACUUGUGGAAAGUGUAGGAGAAGAAAUCGAAGCCGCCGUAGACCCUUUACUUUACAAGAAAACUUACAAGCAGGCUGGUAUAGAGGUCAUUAGUGUCGGAGAGGACGUUAUCGAGUAUAAUAAAAAUUUCAGAUUAUAUUUGACCUCAAAACUCAGAAAUCCUCACUAUUUACCAGAAGUCUUCAAUAGAGUUACAAUAAUCAACUUUGCUUUGACACUGUCUGGAUUGCAAGAUCAGUUGUUGGGUAUUGUCGUCGCGGUUGAAAAACCCGAACUGCAACAGCUAAAAGAAGAACUAAUCAUCCAGAAUGCUGAAAAUAAGGCGGCCCUCGAAAAUACCGAAGAGAAAAUCUUGAAAACCUUGUCCGAAUCCAAAGGAGAUAUUUUGGAAGACGAAACUGCCAUUCAGAUUUUGGACGAUUCGAAAAUCCUGUCGGCCGAAAUACGCGAAAAGCAAGUCAAGUCUUUCCAAAUCGAAAAAUCGAUCGAAGAGUUCCGGGUCAAAUAUCAAGGCGUGGCCGAUCACUCGGCCGUUUUGUACUAUUGCAUUUCGGAUUUGGCUAAUGUAGACCCGAUGUACCAGUACUCGUUGGAGUGGUUCAUCAACCUGUACAUUACUUCGAUACAGAAAGCCGAGAAAUUCAGAAUGAUAGAGAAACGUUGUCAGAGUCUGAUAAACGCUUUCACGUUUGAUUUGUACAACAACAUCACUAGAUCGCUAUUUGAAAAGGACAAAUUACUGUUUUCGUUUUUGCUGUGCUCGAAAAUAAUGAUUUCUCAAAAUAAGCUUAACGAACAAGAGUUUAUGUUCUUUUUGACUGGAGGUAUAGCUGUUGAGAAUCUUUUGGAGAAUCAGUGUAAGGCUUGGCUGCCGCAAAUCUCUUGGGAUGAACUUUGUCGAAUGGAUGAUGAACUUCCGGCGUUUAAUGAUUUUCGAAAUACUUUUGUGAAAAACGAGAAAAAAUGGAAACGAAUCUACGACGAUUUUCGUGAAGAUUUGUUGUGGCCCGAGCCGUGGCAGAGCAAUUUGUCGAGUUUUUGUCGUUUAAUCGUUAUUAGAGUCCUAAGACCGGAUAAAUUAACAAGAGCCAUAGGCACAUUUGUCAAAAUCGAAAUGGACGAGAGAUUCAUCAAACCGCCGCCGUUUAGUAUUUCACUGUCUUACGACGAUUCAUAUAGUCUUUGUCCUUUGAUAUUUAUAUUGUCCCCUGGUACUGAUCCUAUGGCGCAGCUGGUCAAGUUUGCUGAGGAAAAGAAAAUGUCUGAUAGAUUCCGUUCGAUUUCCCUUGGUCAAGGCCAAGGACCAAUGGCCCAAGCCCUAAUAGAAGAAGCUCAGGAAGGCGGUAUGUGGGUUUGCUUACAAAAUUGCCACUUGGCAACCUCCUGGAUGCCGAGCCUAGAAAAAAUCUUCGAAAAACUAGACUACAUAAACACGCACGAUAUGUUCCGUUUGUGGCUGACCAGCUAUCCUAGCAACAAGUUUCCGAUAUCGUUGCUGCAAAAAGGCGUCAAAAUGACCAACGAGCCUCCGACCGGUCUGCAAAAUAACCUCCUGAAAUCCUACAUAAGCGAUCCGGUUAAAAAUCCGGAUUUCUACAACGGGUGUUUGGAUCAUGAGGAAAUGUUCGCCCGGUUGCUUUAUGGAUUGGCGUUCUUCCAUGCGGUUGUGCAAGAGAGGCGGACUUUUGGACCUUUAGGCUGGAACAUUCCUUAUGGAUUUAAUGAUUCGGAUUUCGACAUAUCGGUGCAGCAAUUGCAAAUGUUCAUCAACGAGAGCGACGAUCCUUUUGAAGCUUUGACGUAUCUGAUUGGAGAAUGUAACUACGGAGGAAGAGUAACUGAUGAUUGGGAUAGAAGGCUUAUUGUGACCAUUUUGUCGGAUUUUCUAAACACUUCCAUUGUUUCCGACAUGAGUUAUGUGUUUAGUAGAGUGGGAGAUUGUUACGGGUUUCCAGAAAAAAUAGAGCAUGCCGCUUAUGUGGCUCACAUCCAAGGACUCCCGGCGAUUCAUCCACCGGAAAUUUUCGGGCUUCACACCAAUGCCGGCAUUACAAGAGACUUGCAGGAUUCCAGGCUGCUUUUGGCAUCUGUUUUGAUGGCCUACGGAGAAACGACUGGUGGCGGCGGUAUGGACACCGACAAACAAAUAACCGUCCUUUGUACGGAUAUUUUAUCGAAAGUGCCUGAGGCUUUUAACUUGGAAACCGCCUACCAAAAAUAUCCGGUGCAGUAUACUGAAUCCAUGAAUACGGUUUUGGUGCAGGAGAUGGAACGGUUUAAUCGGCUGAUCAGAACUAUCAGGGCUACUUUGAUGACUAUGAUGAAAGCUUUACAAGGUCUUGUGGCAAUGUCUCCAGAAGUAGAAGCCUUUUCCAACUCGUUACUGAUGGGCAGGAUUCCGGCUAGUUGGGCAGCAGUCUCUUACCCAAGCCUAAAAAACUUGCCAAACUACGUUUCCGAUUUCGUUAACAGAAUCGAGUUUUUGCAAAAGUGGUUCGACGAAGGCAAACCGCCUACUUACUGGAUAUCUGGCUUCUUUUUUACUCAAGCGUUUUUGACGGGGGUAAAACAAAAUUUUGCCAGGAAGUAUACGAUACCCAUCGAUAAGUUGACGUUUGAUUUUGAUAUUUUGAAAGGAGAGGAGAGUUCAACUGCUCCACCAGACGGGGCCUACAUUUAUGGUUUGUUCACUGAUGGUGCCCGUUAUGAUAGAAAUAAAGGCGUAAUUGCGGAAUUACUUCCGAAAAUCUUACACGAUGUUAUGCCACUAGUAUGGAUUAUUCCCAUACGUGAAAAAAAUUACGAGCCAGGUACCCGCUAUCUCGCUCCAGUAUACAAAACCUCUGCAAGAAGAGGAGUUCUAAGCACCACUGGCCACUCUACCAAUUACGUUCUACCAAUAUUAUUAAACACUUUAGAGCAUCAAUCUCAUUGGAUAAAACGAAGCAUGGCCCUAUUGUGUCAACUGGAUAAUUAAGUUUGUUUUAUUUAUUAUACUAUUUCUUUUAGCCCACUGUCUUUAAUAAAAAUAAUUACACAAUUAAUUUAGUUCAUCAGUCUUCAAAGUGCGAUUGUUCUUCGAACUGGUUCUCGUAUCUGCCCAAAAGUCUCUGGUUGGUCGGAUCGAAGGGACUUUUAAGGUACAGCGUUGCAGGGUACUUUUUGUCUCUGACUUCGAUUUGGUAUUCGCCAGUUUUUAGGAAUUCGUUGUCGAUUGGUUUGCCUUUAGGGUGUC